AUGAAUUUGGAGUGGUACUUGUUCCAUCCUUCUCAAGGCGGCAUCAUGUUUCGUCUUGGCUCGGGUACUCUACAGCUCGUGCUUUCAUCUGCUGUAGAGCAGCAGAGAGGCUUUGCCACCCUCAAGGACAUCAAAAUUCGGCUCAAGUCCAUCCAGAACAUCCAGAAGAUCACCAAGUCAAUGAAGAUGGUAGCCGCCGCAAAGUAUGCUAGAGCUGAGCGAGAUUUGAGGGGUGCACGUGCCUACGGAGUAGGAGCAAAGACUUUCUUUGACAACAUCGACCCAAAAGCCGAAGGAGAAGUUGUAAAGCCGGAAAAGCAGAAGCACUUGCUGGUACUGGUCACCUCUGAUAGAGGCCUGUGUGGUGGUGUUCACUCGUCCAUUGCCAAGGAAGCUAAAGCUAUCCUGGCGGAGUCUCCCGACAAAGACAUUCGAGUUGUUUGUAUUGGCGAUAAAUCAAAAGCUUCUCUGCAACGCCUGUAUGCCAAUAAGUUCCUCCUUAGCGGGAAAGACAUUGGUCGAACUCCGCCAACAUUUGGUGAUGCAUCUAUCGCUGCCAAGGCGAUACUCGAAUCCGGAUUCGACUUUGAGGAGGCGACUGUCAUCUUUAAUAGAUUCAAGACUGUCGUGUCGUACCAAACAACGAGAUUGCCGGUGCUUCCGUUGGAGGCCAUCAAAUCUAAAGAAGCUUUAUACACUUACGAUUCAGUCGAUGAUGAAGUUCUUCAGUCAUAUAGCGAAUAUUCAUUAGCUCAGUUAAUCUAUUAUGCUAUGAAGGAAUCAGCAGCAUCAGAACAAGCUUCACGAAUGACAGCUAUGGACGGCGCUUCUAAGAAUGCUGGUGAGAUGAUUGGAAAGCUGGCCUUGCAGUUGAAUCGUACUCGACAAGCUGUGAUUACUAGAGAACUCAUUGAGAUUAUCUCCGGAGCUGCUUGUGUCUAA